CUCCUCAUUUCUCAUUCUCACUUCAAUCUUCUCUUUUCACAUUUGCUCAACACAAAGUUAUUCAUUCAUACCCACUUCCAUUUCAUGGAAAUCUCCUCUUUCCCAUUUCUUAAUCAAGAAGAAUUCUUACCCAUCUUCAAUCUCUUCUCCGAAAUGGAUAAUCCCACCGCCACUUUCAAUGUGAAUCCAACAUCUAAAAAACGGCGAAGAUCUGACCCAAAUUCCGAUGACUUCAACAGUUUUUCUUUCACUGAUGAAAACGAUGAUCCUACUGCUGACCCACUACUAAAACUCCCCUGUUGGUUCGAUCCCCAACCCGAAUCUCAACAAAAUUGGCUCAUGGACGCCCAAAAACCAAAACCCACCAACGAUUUCCAUCUCUCCGAUCAAAUUCCCAAAAAACCCCGCCGUGCAUCGCCGGAAAAUCCCUCUCCGGUGAAGAAUACCCCCGCCGGUGGUGGAGGAACUCAGCAGCGACGGCUAUGGGUGAAAGACCGAUCCAAGGAUUGGUGGGAUCAAUGCAACCACCCGGAUUUUCCCGAUGAGGAGUUCCGACGAGCAUUCCGGAUGAGUAAAUCCACAUUCGAUAUGAUCUGUAAAGAACUGGAUUCAACGGUGAUGAAAAAAGACACAAUGCUUCGUGUUGCGAUUCCCGUACGGCAGCGUGUUGCCGUCUGUAUAUGGCGGUUGGCUACCGGAGAGCCACUCCGAUUAGUUUCGAAAAGAUUUGGGUUAGGGAUUUCAACUUGCCAUAAAUUAGUUCUGGAAGUUUGUUCAGCGAUUCGUAAAGUUCUAAUGCCGAAAUUCCUCAAUUGGCCAGAUGAAUCAAAAUUAACCAAAAUCAAACAAGAAUUCGAAUCGAUUUCAGGAAUUCCCAAAGUGGGCGGUUCAAUUUACACAACACAUAUCCCAAUAAUCGCACCAAAGAACAACGUAGCUGCUUAUUUCAACAAACGCCACACAGAACGCAACCAAAAAACUUCAUACUCCAUCACUGUUCAAGGCGUCGUCGAUCCCUCCGGUGUAUUCACCGACGUUUGCAUCGGAUGGCCGGGAUCUAUGCCGGACGAUCAAGUUCUUGAGAAAUCAUUGCUUUACGAAAGAGCAAGUAUGGGGUCAUUGAACGAUGUGUUCAUCGUCGGAAAUUCAGGGUACCCAUUAAUGGAUUGGUUGUUAGUUCCUUAUACUGUACAGAAUUUGACAUGGACACAACAUGGGUUUAAUGAGAAAGUUGGGGAGAUUCAGGCGGCAGCGAAGGCGGCGUUUGGGCGGUUGAAAGGGCGAUGGACUUGUUUACAGAAAAGAACAGAGGUGAAACUGCAGGAGUUGCCGGUGGUGCUGGGAGCUUGCUGUGUUCUUCAUAAUAUAUGUGAAAUGAGGAAGGAGAAAUUCGAUCCGGAGCUGAAAUUUGAGGUUUAUGAUGAUGAAAUGAUGCCGGAAAACAACGGGUUGAGAUCGGUGAGUGCGAUUCAAGCUAGAGAUCAUAUUGCUCAUAAUCUUCUUCACCAUGGAAUUGCUGGGACAGGAUUUCUUUGAUGAGAUUGGAUUUUGAUGAACAAUGAAGAAUCUAUAUAUAAAUAUAUAUUUACAUUUACAAUUAUUUGUUCAAAAAAAAUUAAUAAAAGAAAUAUUAAGAUUUGUUUAUUUGAAAGUAUACUUGUAAUUUGGAGGGAAGAUUUGGUAGCUUUUAGGGUGAUUUUAGGGGUUAGUGGUAGUGUUUUACAUAUUGAAUCAAGAGAGAAAGGGAUGUAAUUGAGCAAUGUCUCUUUUUCAAUCUUUUUUGAAUGGAAGAUUAGAUUACUUUUCUUUUAUAA